CUCCGCGAGGGAAAACGCGGCCAGGCCCACCUACUCGCGCUCGCUCGUCAACAUGGCCGACCUCGUGCUCGCUUCCUACCGCUCGCACGUCACUGCCAAGACCAAAGAUGGCAGCACGGUCCACGGCAUGGGCAUGACGUUCCAGCGUGUGCACCUCGACACGUGCUACGGGAACAAGCAGAUAUACAAGUCCUAUCCUGUGGGAGACGGCCAGAUCCAGCUGUCAGACCUGGUGGAAGUGCGUCCAUCGCAGGUGUUCGACGCCUCGCUGACUUUCGUCCGCGUGCGCGGCCCGAUGGGCGGAGCGCUAUCUCUUUGCCCCAUGGAGGUGCGAUCCGUAUUCCUCAACCAAACGCUCCAGCACUGAGCAACCAAGAAACACCAUAGAAAACCUGAAAGCAUUGAAAAUACAUGGUUUGUGGACCGUAAGACAUGGUGAUAUUAUAUUUCAAAUGUGAGCAAUACUGCGUGUAAUUUAACUAACGUAAAAAAAGAAAUUAAUUAAAAUUUAAUUGAAUCU